CUUUUCUUCUACUUCUAUCUCAGAAUUAAAUGGCAGGAAGAGAUCAAGCACCAGGAGUCCAUUUCUGUUCACGGUAUUACGGAAGCUAACAAGAGUUUGAUAUCUAACCAAAAAUACUUGCUCUGUGAAAGUUUCAAAUUUCUGUUUCUGCAUCAUCAUUCUUCUCAAGUUCCAUGUCUCAAAACCUCAUGCGACUAAUACUUGUUCUGUGUUCCCUCGGUCUCUUGCUAGAAACAAACUUUGUAGUUGUGUAUGCAGAUGAAGAUUCUCUCCUGCCGAUGGAGAUGACAACAUAUUGCUGUGAUUCUUCUGCAGAAGACAUUCCAUCUGAUGUCCAGAUAAAAAGUCUUAGCCUGAAAGUUAAAGCCAGUGAAGCCGACCUCGAGGACUAUGGUACCCCAGCGCAUCCCCAGAUAUCUGUUUGUAUGUCUCAUAAACAAUUUACCCACAACUUCACUGUCUCUCCUGGACACAAGUUCACCAGACUUCAUUUCUGUCUAGCCUCGUAUCCAGGCCUAAAUGUAUCGGAUGCAUUAUUCUCUGUUAGUGUUGGUCAAUACACUUUGUUGAGAACCUCCCAGUCCUCCUAUUCGAGAGAUUCUUCAGAUAUUAAAUGUGUGAUUCGAGAAUUUGUUAUGAAGGUGGAUGCCCAAAUUCUAAGCAUCACAUUUACCCCCUCAUCUGGUCAUUCUAAAGCCUAUGCAUUUGUGAACAAGAUCGAAAUCAUUACUAUGCCUGCGAAUGUAUACAUGCAAGAUGUUCGACUUCCACUUGUUGGAAAUUCCUCCCAAAUAUAUGCUGUAAAUUACACAGUACUCGAGACAAUGCACAGGGUAAAUGUAGGUGGCGAUGACAUCCCUCCCGAAGGUGAUGCCAGGAUGUGGCGCUCGUGGUCAGGAGAUGAAGAUUACUUUGUUCCUGAUGGAGCCCUCACUUCUAUCCUUCAAUCUAAACUUGGAAUAAAGUACAGCCCUGAGGUGCCUGCCUACACUGCACCAGAGAAGGUUUACUCGACAGCAAGAACAUUAAGUCCAAAAUCUGGUGGAAAUAUGAGCUGGUCAUUCCUUGUGAAUUCGGGGUUCUGCUACCUUGUCAGGCUUCAUUUCUGCGAGAUCACAAGAGAGAUCAGACAAAAUGGAAGGGUUUUCAAAGUCUACAUCAAUAAUAUGACUGCUGGUAUAGUGAGAUGGAGUCGUAUGCCUGGAAGGCCAGUCUAUCGAGAUUAUAUUAUUGAUUGCUCAGAACUAGAUACAGGAAUGGAGGAUCUGCAGAUCACAAUAAGUAGUGAUAAUGGGCCAUCUGAAAGUGAUUGCCAGGGCAUCUUGAAUGGGUUGGAGAUUUUCAAAUUACCAGACUCCAGGGAUAAUUUGGCAGGGCUCAAUCCAUUUGGUACAGCAACUUCUCAUGGUUCGCCUUACAGAGAAGAUAAAGCUACUCGAAUUAGUUUGAGCAUCUUUUAUGGGCUUUUUGCAGUGGUUUUUCUGUUUUCCUUUACACUGUUGUACAUACCUUCCGAGUGGUAUGGCACAUUCUCCCUAUGCCAAAAACGAAGUUCAAAAUGCUGCAAGCCAUUUGGGGAGAACGCCAUCCCAUUGACAAAGAUCAUGUCCACGACCAACAACUUUUCUGAUGACGCUCUCAUUGGAACCGGGGGAUUUGGGAAGGUCUACAGGGGAUCCUUGGAUGGUGGUGCGACUUUGGUUGCUGUAAAGCGUGCCGAUCCUUCUUCACACCAGGGUUUACACGAGUUUCAGACUGAAAUAUCCAUGCUCUCAAAGCUACGCCAUCACCACCUUGUCACCCUUAUGGGGUAUUGCUUGGAGCGCAAAGAAAUGAUACUCAUCUAUAACUUCAUGGGUCGAGGGACCUUGCGAGAACAUCUAUAUAAGACCAACAGCCCUCCACUUCCAUUGAAGAAAAGACUCGAAAUUUGCAUCGGUGCAGCACGUGGGUUACACUACCUCCACACCGGCUGGAAGCAGAUUGUCAUCCACCGAGAUGUGAAGAGCAGCAACAUACUGUUGGACGACAAAUGGGAGGCUAAGGUGUCCGACUUUGGAUUGUCAAAACUUGGGCCCGAUGCAAUGAACCAAUCCGACAUGCAAGUUAGCACUGCAGUAAAAGGAAGCAUAGGAUAUCUUGACCCCGAGUAUUAUCGCCGUCUCAAACUUACAGCAAAGUCAGAUGUGUACUCAUUUGGAGUAGUGUUGUUUGAAGUUCUCUGUGCCAAACCUGCAAUAUUACCUGCCCAUGGGAAUGGGGAUGGACCACAGAGUCUGGCUGAAUGUGCCUUAAAAUGUUAUCAUUCAGGUAUGCUUGGUCAGAUGAUUGAUCCAUAUUUACAAGGAAAGAUCGACCCCGACUGUUUCCGGACAUUCACUGAUGUAGCAGUUAAGUGUUUGGCAGAAACAGGAAGAGAGAGACCCUCAAUGGGAUAUGUUUUAUGGAACCUAGAGCUAGCAUUGCAGCAGCAGAGCAGGGCUGAUGGAGAAAAGCUCAGAGGUCCAGCAGAUAAGAUAUUGGCCGGCAAUUCAUCAAUAUUAGUUGCUCAUCAAUUAUAUAACUCCGAUAAGAAUAUUGGGGCAGAAUUUUCUGAAAUUAUUCACCAAACUGCUCGAUGAAAGAUUUAUAAGUAAGUUAGGUUCUUGUGGUGUAGCUAUAUCUCUUGUUCGCUGCUGCUCCUUGUAAACCUCAAAUUCAUGUAAAUCCUAUUGUGUGAUUGUUCUCAUGUAAUAAGAGUUGAGCUUCGAAUGAU